CCCCUUCUCCAGCAGCAGCAGCGUCGAGAUCGCAGCUUCUUCAGUCGUACCGUCAGUACUGCCGAACGCGAUGGACUCUUGAGCGGUUGGUGAAGUGCAGUGUAUUCAGGAUGUGGAUUAAGACGAUAGUACUCCUCUGCGUGGCCGCGACCCUGGCCGACAAGCAGCCCCCGAAAAAGAAAGAAGACCCCCGCGGCAAACGCAAUCUCCAGUACCACAUAGCCCACUACACCGGCCCUAACGCCUACCGGAGGAUAUCCACGGCCCCCCAAAUUCCACUCUACCACUCUCAGUUCUUCCCAGGUCCUAGGUCCUACUCGCCGUAUCACAAAGAUGGCCAAAACGACCUCCUCACCGACAAUAACCACCUUAGCGAGAGCGUGUACGGGCCGCCGCAGAAGCACAUCAUCGAGAGGCCGGUGUACAUCAAGGAGCCGGAGCCCAUCAUCGAGAUCAUCAUCAAGGAGUCGAACGUGACGCUGCCGCCGCCGCCGGCGCCGCCAGCGCCACCACCGAAGAAGAAGGAGCAAGUGCAGGUGUUCUACGUGAAGUAUAAGAAGAACCCGAACGGACACGGGAAAGAUAGUGUGAUUUAUGAUAAGCCGGUGGAGGCGAUCUCGCCGCCGAUUCAUGACGAGCAGGAGGAGGCGCCGCCGCCGAGUCACCAUCACGAAGUAGUGACAGUGCCGCCGCCGCCGAGCACCACACACAGAACCAUCAUCAAACCGGACUCCGAGACCUACCACAGCCCGACCGGAGUCAAAGUCACGUUCGGGAAAGAGGGUUUCGACUACGACAAGAGGUCAAGCAAACCAGAAGACUUGAAGGCGGCGGAGGACGAAAGUAAAUCAGUGCAGUUCCCUCAAGGGCGACAACUAGCGGCGUUCCCGCCACCUAGAAGACCGGAGAUAAUUUCCUUCACGCCGCCCCCAGGCUACAGACAACCACAACCCUAUCGACCCUUCUCUCAAUUCAGACAACAAACAACCCACAGUUUCCCAAGACCGAGUCAACAACAAUACUCGACUUUACCCAAAUUUGGACAGUUUUCUCAACCGGGGAAAACCCAGCAGCAUUUUCCACCCCCAAGACCCGCGCCGCCGUCGUUCCAAAGACAACCAGUGGCUUAUCAACCCUUCGAGAGUUUGAGGCAGCCUCAAUUCAGACCCGAGACGCGUUUCCCGAUCACUCAAGCACCCCCUAUCACUCAAAAACCGGCCGUCUUCAACCAGAGACCUCAAAGUGGAGACACCAGGCCCCAAAUUCGCGACGCGAAGCCUCAAAUUACCGAAAACAAGCCUCAGUUUAGUGAGUCAAGGCCUCAGCUGAAGCAGAAGCCUCAAUUCCAGCAACCCGUCGUUCCACAAUUCCAACAACAGUUUGCUCAAUUUCAUCAACAUCCUCAACCUCAAGUGAAUCAGUUUGCUCAACAACAACAACAACAACAACAACAACCUCAACACCAGUUUCUUCAACAACGACCAGCCGUCCCGCAAAGUAAUCAAUAUCAGUUUCAACAAGGUCUGCCUCAGCAGCAUCAACAACCUCAACCAUUCAACCCUCAACCAUCUAUAAUCCCGCCAGGGGGAGAACUCAUCCAGUCCGUGCCAAAAUACGAACAACACAUUUCAGUCAAUGAACCUCUGAGAUCGACUCAAUCUCACACUCAAUCUCAGUACCAGUUUCAACCGCAGCUGCAACAAUCCUCCAUAAAACUGACUUCUGAUGCUAGUGACAAGAAGCAACCACAACAACAACAAUCUCAGUAUCAACCCCAACAACAACAACAACAACAACAACAACAACAACAGCAACAAUCUCAGUAUCAACCCCAACAACAACAACAAUCUCAGUAUCAACCCCAACACCAACUCAAUCCUCAAACCCAGUAUCAACCUCAAUCCUACGACAAAAUCCAGCAACAACUCCGCGAAGCCAACGCCCUCCAAGAAUCCAUCCGAAGCUCGUCCCCCCAAUUCUACAAUUUCCAGCAGUCCCAGCAGCUCGACUUCUUCCAGACCUCCCCCCGCCCGUCCACGUACUCCACGACGAGCCAGACCACCACCACCACGACCACCCCCAAGCCGUCCACCACCACCAAGGAUCCGAAGGUUUUGAAUGCGCAGCUUCCGGAUGAGGUUCCGGAUGAUCUUCGCGAGCAGCUGCUUUCUUCCGGGAUUUUGAACCACGCCUCUAUUUCGAUUCUGGACUACGAUAAGGUGGGGGACAUUCCUCUGUCGGCUCUUCCUCCGGAUCAGCUGGCGAAUUUCUACAGUGCUGGAGGGGCGCAGCAGAUCCAGGGUGCAGGAAGUGAUCCUGUGCCUGCGUUCGCUGAGAGAGAUUUCGAUACGGAAGGCUCGGAGAUUCACGAAGUGACGGUGAAGCCAGAGGUGCAGAUGAAAGUUGUCCGGUAUGACCCGGAGAGCGAUCGGGGUCAACAAGUGCAGGAGGCGUAUGUGAAGGAUGAUGCGACUCAGGUGGAUCCAGUGGUGUUGAAUGACGAGAAGUACAAUAGAUACCUUCCCUUGAAGAUCAGCGGCGCCCAAUUCCCCAUCCCCGACGUCCCCGAGCUCAAGGGCAAGAAAAUCAGCAGCGUGGUGGUCCUGGCCCCCAUCGCCUACGACUUCUCGUCCUCCCGCCAAACCCGCGACACCAAACCGGAAGAAAUCGACCUCCUGGAGGGCCAACUCCUCAAGGAGCUCCUCAAGAACCCGUCCCGCUCGAACUUCCAGAAAUUCCUCGAGAGCGAAAACCAAACCAGGAGCGACCAGCAAGCCGUGAUCCUCCUAGUGGCCGGUUCCAGCGAAAACACGAAAGACAAGGAGAUUUUCAUGUACGACAUCGCCACCCAGACCGUGAGCAAGCUCGACGGGGAGCUGUCGUCGGCGUUCGUGGACGCGGCCGAGGCGAACUCCUCCGACCCCGACACCAAGACCUCGGCCUCCAGCAUCGUGGAGACCCGGGUGCCCGUGCCUGACCCAGAGGACGACCUCGAGGCUCACGGCUCCGAGAACCUGGAAAGCUUCGUCGACGUUUCGGGAAUUCCGGUCGGUGACGACUUGACGGCCAGCGAGUCGCGGCAACUCCUGGGGAUUAGUAAGACUGGAAGGUUGGCUUAGCUGGGGUCAGCCGAUGGGUGAAGAAGUCUGGCCUGCUCAACCGGAAUUAUUUUAUAUUUAUUGAAAACGUUCCACUGUUUCUUUAGCUUCGUUUUGGGAUUCUGCAGGCAGGGUGGACUUCAGGUGCUAGUUGUAGGACGGCCCCGGAAUACUCCGGGCCGCUGUACAGUGUAUAAAUAUUUUUUUAUAAU